CUCCAGGCAGAGCCCAGCAACAGGCGGGCGGCCGUGGGGGGCCCCUGAGGUGGCUGGGGCCAUGGCCGGGGUCGCGUGCUUGGGGAAAGCAGCGGACGCGGAUGAAUGGUGCGACAGUGGCCUGGGCUCUCUAGGCCCGGACGCAGCGGCCCCCGGAGGACCGGCGCUGGGCGCAGAGUUGGGUCCGGGGCUGUCGUGGGCGCCCCUCGUCUUCGGCUACGUCACUGAGGAUGGGGACACGGCACUGCACUUGGCGGUGAUUCAUCAGCACGAGCCCUUUCUGGAUUUUCUCCUGGGUUUUUCAGCUGGCACUGAGUACCUGGACCUGCAGAAUGACCUAGGCCAGACAGCCCUGCACCUGGCAGCUAUCCUGGGGGAGGCAUCCACGGUGGAGAAGUUGUAUGCAGCAGGCGCUAGGUUGUGCGUGGCAGAACGUGGGGGCCACACGGCGCUGCACCUGGCCUGUCGCGUGGGGGCACAUGCCUGCACACGUGCGCUGCUCCAGCCCCGCCCUCGGUGCCCUAGGGAAGCCCCCGACGCCUACCUCUCUCACGGCCCUGACUGCACCCCUGACACCAACCACACCCCUGUUGCCUUGUACCCUGAACCCGACUUGGAGAAGGAACAGGAAGAGAGUGAGGAGGACUGGAAGCUGCAGCUGGAGGCUGAAAACUAUGAGGGCCACACCCCACUCCAUGUGGCCAUCAUCCACAAAGAUGUGGAGAUGGUCCGGCUGCUCCGGGAAGCUGGAGCUGACCUCAACAAACCGGAGCCCACGUGUGGCCGGAGCCCCCUGCACUUGGCAGUGGAGGCCCAAGCAGCCGAUGUGCUGGAGCUUCUCCUAAGGGCAGGUGCAGACCCUGCUGCCCGCAUGUAUGGUGGCCGCACCCCACUGGGCAGUGCCAUGCUCCGGCCCAACCACAUUCUUGCACGCCUCCUCCGUGCACAUGGAGCCCCCGAGCCUGAGGAUGAAGAUGACAAGUUUGACCCCUGCAGCAGCAGUAGCGACAGCGACAGCAACAGCGACAGCGGGGAUGAGGGCGAUGAAUAUGAUGACAUCGUGGUCCACAGUGGCCGGAGCCAAAACCAGCUACCUCCCACCCCAGCCUCAAAACCUCUUCCUGACAACCCCAAGCCCGUCUGAUUUUUUUAAUUGUUAAUAUAAUUUCCAAUUUAAUAAAAUCCCAGUUCUGACAACCAGAGA